CACGCACGCACGCACUCGUUCUCCGCGAUUCGGUUUUUCGGAGCCAGUCGACAGUCGUCAGCCGUCGACCGUGUGUUUAUGUUGUGCGUAUCGCAUCGAAGUCCACGUCCAUCGGAGUACGUUUAUCGUGUUUAGUUGAUAAUAAUAUCGCACGCCGUUAAUCGUUUUACUGGCCGAAUAUUAAUCAAAAAUCGCGUCAAAGGUCUCUGCGUACCGAACGAGUAUAAUUAGUGAAAGUGCGGAAUUAAAUAUUAUUAUAUAUUAUUAUUUUCUCAUCACUUGUCAUUGUUUUAACAUUUUAAAUAAAAAUAAAUUAAAACGCCUAUUGAAAAAUUAAUAUACAUUUUAAAUAAAAAAUAAAAUCGAUUGGAAUGAUAUAAUGACAAAACUCUCUCGUUCGAUUUGAAUAUUAUUGAACAUUGGUGAAGAUGACAACCAACGUCAUUACCACCAUUUCGAUGGUCGCUUUGCUGCUGUCGGGCAUGGUGUCGUUGGCACUGUGCAACGGGGAAAGACUAGCGGAUAACAGCGCCGUGGCCGUGGCCGACAAUCAGCAGGUGAUGUGCGAAGACGUACGAAUCAAGUGUGCGAUGGGCUUGGGCUGUUCGUCGGCGUUAACACAUUACUUCGCCAAGUGCGAUAGGAUCCUCCAGACGGACUCGACCACGUGCCCCGAAUCGUGUCUGUACGCGCUAGUCGCACUCACAUCCACCGAGGACGGCAAGCGGAUGAUGGACUGCAAGUGCCGAGAUCGCUACUGCGAGGAGAUGAAGGCCCGGGCGGAAAUAUGUCGUCCGUUUGUGUUGGAGGCGUCCAAGAACGAGACAGUGGUGCCGUGCGAGUUGGCCCAUUGGGUGUGCAUGGUGGAUCCGGUGUGCACGGCGGCACUGGGCUAUUAUCAGACGUACUGCAGGCGGAUGCUGGUUGGCGUAGCGUGCACGGAGCGGUGCCUCAAUUCGGUGGAAAUACUGCGGCGACAGGAGAAGGCGGCUAAGAUGAAUCGGUGCCGGUGCACCGGAAGAUCGGCGGUCGAGUGUUUGCGCAACAAGGAGCGUAUGGUCAGGUUGUGUUACGGUGGCGAGGCGGAUCCGCGACUCCAACAAGAGGGUUCUAGCGGCGGCGGCAAUGGCAGCGGCAACAAAUCCGGUGGCCGGAAGAACCGGAGGAAGCACCGGCCUAGAAUGUUCGACCUGGACCCGGACCGAGCCGAGGUGGAAAUGAUGAUGGCCAAUGCGGAUUACCAGCCGGACGUCCGGAACAGGUACAACGCUUCGGACGACGUCGGUAGCGACGACGAAGAAGUAGACGAGGAAGAAGAUGAAGACGAAGGGUCAGGGUCUGCGACCGGCUUACUACCGGGAGCGAUGUUAGUGGCGGCUGCGUCCGCUUACUUAGUCACACGAUGAUCGUCACUUGCAGCGGAUCGAGCGUACGCGUGCGGGUACGUGCAUUUAUUUUUCGGCCGGCCGAAAUGCGCUUUUUCCGUUUUUGUUAUGUAUAAUUUUCUCAUUAUUUUUCGUGUUUUUUUUCUAUCAUUAUUAUUUAUUCCUAAAACGGAUCGACUGAAGCGUACAAUUCGUGAGUGCGUUCUUAAUCGGACACUCGGGGUUUCACAUUUUUUUUUUUGUGGGGGUUGAGGGGUUCUUUUCUUGGAUUUAAAAAAAUAGGGAGUGAGACGGCGUUAGAACGGCGUUUGUUAACUAAUCUAUUUACUAUUCAGGCUUUGCCAGACUGAAAUCAAAUCGUUUAACCGGAAACCGAAUAAGCUCAUCGAGUAGGACCCAUUCCUACGACACUAUACAUGCAGCGCGUGCUGCAAUGUCGUGUUAUAGAAUUGUAUUUUUCUUGUUCGAAAAUUAUUAUUAUCAGUUCGCAUCUUUUAUUUAUUUAUGUUUUUUCGUUCCCGAUAACGCGUUCAUCAAACUCUAUAAAAGGAUUGUGAUUAAAGACUUUUACUAUAUAGGUACAUAUAUUUAU